CCGACCGCCGGCGGCCCGGGCGCCGAGCAGAGUUACUCAGCCGCAGCGGCCCCGCGCUCCCGCAAGGCUGGGCGGCCGCGCCGCCGCCGUCGCGAUGGCCCCGCCGCCGCGGCCGCCGCCCCCGACUGCGCGCUGAGCCGCCGGCCCUCCGAGCGCCACGGCCGGAGCGGCAGCAGCAUCAUGGCCCCGACCCUGCUCCAGAAGCUCUUCAACAAAAGGGGCAGCGGCGGCAGCAGCUCCGCGUCGGCGUCUGCCCAGGGCAGGGCUCCCAAGGAAGGACCCGCCUUUAGUUGGUCAUGUUCGGAGUUUGACCUGAAUGAGAUUCGCCUGAUAGUUUACCAAGACUGUGAAAGAAGAGGCAGACAAGUCUUGUUUGAUUCUAAAGCUGUUCAAAAGAUUGAAGAGGUGGCAGCUCAGAAAACAGAGGAUGUCCCUAUUAAAAUGUCAGCCAAGUGCUGUCAAGGAAGCAGUAGUAUCACCAGCAGCAGCAGCAGCAUCUCUUCCCAUAGUUCUUCUGGAGGAUCUUCACAAUAUUCUAAGGAGCAGCUUCCAAAGUACCAGUACACAAGACCAGCUUCUGAUAUCAAUAUGCUAGGGGAAAUGAUGUUUGGCUCAGUUGCAAUGAGUUACAAAGGCUCCACCUUAAAGAUACACUAUAUACGUUCUCCUCCACAACUGAUGAUUAGUAAAGUCUUCUCUGCCAGAAUGGGCAGCUUCUGUGGAAGUACAAAUAAUUUGCAAGACAGCUUUGAAUACAUCAACCAAGAUCCUAAUUUGGGAAAACCGAACACAAAUCAGAAUAGUUUGGGUCCUUGUCGUACUGGAAGUAACCUAGGUCUGCUACAAGCAUGCAGCAGCAAACUGCUGCAGGGGGUAGCUGAAGGAGGACCUCUCCGGCUCACCCGGAGUGCUUCUUUCUUUGCAGCACACAGCACACCAGUUGAUAUGCCAAGCAGAGGACAGAAUGAAGACAGGGACAGUGGCAUUGCUCGCUCAGCCUCAUUAAGCAGCCUUUUGAUUACACCUUUUCCAUCUCCAAGCUCCUCUACAUCCUCUUCCAGCAGUUACCAGCGCCGCUGGCUUCGAAGUCAGACAACAAGUUUGGAAAAUGGCAUCAUUCCAAGAAGGUCAACUGAUGAGACAUUCAGCUUGGCUGAAGAAACCUGUAGUGCUAAUCCCGCCAUAGUUAGAAGGAAGAAAAUUGCCAUAAGCAUCAUCUUUUCCUUGUGUGAGAAAGAAGAAGCACAAAGGAAUUUCCAGGACUUCUUUUUUUCUCAUUUCCCCCUGUUUGAAUCUCACAUGAACAGGCUGAAGAGUGCAAUUGAAAAGGCCAUGAUAUCCUGUAGGAAGAUAGCAGAAUCAAGUCUCCGAGUCCAGUUUUAUGUAAGCCGUCUCAUGGAAGCUCUGGCAGAAUUCAGAGGGACUAUCUGGAACUUAUAUUCUGUUCCAAGGAUAGCUGAACCUGUAUGGCUUACCAUGAUGUCCAGCACUUUAGAAAAAACCCAGCUCUGCCAGCGCUUUCUCAAGGAGUUUACCCUUCUGAUAGAACAGAUCAACAAAAACCAGUUUUUUGCUGCCUUACUGACUGCAGUGUUAACCUACCACCUGGCCUGGGUUCCGACUGUCAUGCCUGUUGAUCACCCUCCCAUUAAAGCCUUCUCAGAGAAACGUACCUCUCAGUCAGUGAACAUGCUGGCCAAAACACAUCCAUAUAAUCCUCUCUGGGCACAACUGGGUGAUCUUUAUGGAGCCAUAGGCUCUCCAGUGAGACUGACUCGCACUGUGGUGGUGGGGAAACAGAAGGAUUUGGUCCAGCGCAUACUUUAUGUCCUGACCUACUUUCUUCGUUGUUCUGAGCUACAAGAGAACCAGCUGACCUGGAGUGGGAACCACGGUGAAAGUGACCAAGUUUUAAAUGGGAGCAAGAUCAUAACAGCCUUGGAGAAAGGAGAAGUGGAGGAAUCUGAGUAUGUGGUGGUUACAGUGAGAAACGAGCCUGCUCUUGUUCCUCCCAUCCUGCCACUAACAACAGCUGAUAGAAGGAACCCCGGGCUCACAGAGUUAACUGAGACCCCACAGGGCACUGACAUUAGGUACCUGGAUCCCAAACCUGAUGAAGAAGGAAGCAAGAGGCCAGAGCAGAGUUCUGAGGCUUGUAGCAUGGGAUUCCAAGAGCGAGCACCAGACAGUUCUUGGAAACCUCAGGGUGCAUUUUGUGGGGAUGAAGAAAGUAAAAAAGAAGAAUCACAAGAUGGCUCUUCACGAUUUUCCAGUUGUGUAGUCCUGGGGGCAGGAAUGACCGUUGAGCAGCUGCCUUUCAGUGAGGAGUUGAAAGGGGAGAUGCCUAAGAAAUCUCCAGACCGGUCAGCAGCCUGGCCUUGCCCUGACAGACAUUCCCAAGAGAAGCCUCCCUUAGAAAAGGUCACUUUCCAAAUUGGAAGCUCCAUAUCUCCAGAGUCUGACUUUGAAAGCCGCACAAAAAAAAUGGAGGAGCGACUACAGGCCUGUAGACGAUAUCCAGAGUUAGCCAGUGGUCUCUCGGCUGAGUCCAGGGUGGCCACUGAUAUGGCUGAGGACCAGCAGGUUUCUAGGUACUCCUUCAUACCUGGCUUUCAACAGAAUGUCUGCUGUCCUCAGGAUCAGUCGUCUGAGGGGGAUGAAGGUGAAGCUGAUGGAAGUUUUGCUGAGGACAGAGGCAUGAGGACUGGCAUCGUGGCAGAUGCUGCCAGGCAACUCCACCAAACUUCUGACUCAUUUGCACCUGGUGACAGUGCGACAAGAACUGGACCAAGAACGCUGGAGAAGAUGAGAGCUUUGUAUUUGAAGGAUGCAGAAGCACCUUUGUUGGAGCCUGUUCUAAACAGGUGUGUACAGCAGGACUCUGGCCUCUUGGUUGCUGCAGAUGUCCCCUGUGGGGAUGCCGAGAGGAAGGCCGACUUCAGGAUUGAAGGAGAUAUUCCUAGAAACGAAAGCUCGGACAGUGCUCUUGGAGACAGUGAUGACGAAGCAUGUGCUUCAGCCACGCUGGAUCUAGAGCACAGCGGUGACAGGACUGAAGCGUCCUUGGAAGUGGAGCUGCCUCUGCCAAGGUCUCAGAGCAUCAGCAACCAGAAUGUAAGAAACUUUGGCCGCUCACUUCUGGCAGGUUACUGUCCCACAUACAUGCCUGAUCUGGUGCUUCACGGGACCAGCAGUGAUGAGAAGCUGAAGCAGUGCCUGGUGGCCGAUCUUGUCCACACAGUACACCAUCCAGUGCUUGAUGAGCCAAUAGCUGAAGCUGUCUGUAUUAUUGCAGACACGGAUAAGUGGAGUGUCCAGGUAGCCACCAGUCAGAGGAAAGUGAUGGACAACAUGAAACUAGGCCAGGAUGUUUUGGUGUCUAGUCAGGUGUCCAGUUUACUUCAGUCCAUUUUACAGCUUUACAAGCUUCACCUCCCUGCUGAUUUUUGCAUCAUGCAUCUUGAAGAUAGACUACAGGAGAUGUACCUUAAAAGUAAAAUGCUGUCUGAAUAUCUUCGGGGACACACACGAGUCCACGUGAAAGAAUUAGGUGUUGUACUGGGGAUUGAAUCUAACGACCUUCCUCUGUUGACUGCUGUUGCCAGUACCCAUUCUCCUCACGUGGCUCAGAUACUCUUAUAAGCUAAAGCUCAGGACAGUUCUUCCUUGAAAGAAAAAAAAUCAAAUUCUCAACUGAAGGAGAAAAGAAUAAGCUUUGUAACAUCAGUAUAAGAGCAUAAGAGCAGCAGUCAUUCCACCGUUUCGUGUUUUUGUUUUUAAGCAGAUGCUUCAUUGGAAGACUUAGGUUUAUUUGACAUAAUGGCAUUUCUGUUUUUCGUGAACACUUUAGACCUUGUGUUACCCAUGAAUCAAUGGAGAGUGAGCUUUCUGGUAGAAGGAAAUGUAAGCACUACACUAAACACUAAGCUGUUGGUACCGAUUGCCUUGCGCUGUUUGGGCAGAAUAAGGACGAGUGACUUUGGAGCAGAGAGGUAAACAAUGUACAUAACAUUCCAGUAGAAAAAUGUUUCAGAGUUUAAGCGUGAGCUCUCCAAACUGGAGAAAGCAUAUUCUGCUAUUCUAAGAAGACAGUCAGAACAACGACUUUGGAUUCCAGAUCGGAGUUUGCUUUUUACAAAGAAAGCCACAUUGUACCAUCUUCAGCUCUGGUGGCUGUAACAGUUACUGUUCGACAAAAGAAAUAGGAAAGAGAUUUGCCUGUUGGGAAGAGAGAGUGCUUUAGGGACCCACUGUUUUCAUUUCUUCUUGGAGUUUACUUUGUUUCAGCUGCAGCCACAACUAGGUCAGAGAUGGAUCGUUGGUGCAAUAAACCCAAGAAUCGAUGUAGCAUCUUAACCCCAUCAAGAUGUAGUUUGUAGCAGCAAAGUGUGUAUAGCCUGAUAUCAUAUAUUUUAUCCUUGUAAUACUUCAGAGCUUUCAGCAGCCUCUUAAAGAGAGGCCAUUUACCAAAGUUUUUUCUAUAAGCUCGAGUGUGUUUCUGUUGGUAAAUUCUUCCAGCCGAAGCUACUUUCUUCCUAUCAUAGUUAAUACAAAUGACUAUACUUUAAAAGGCACAGCUGUCCUGGUGGGAAAUGAAACCUGCAACAGUUCAGGAUGACUAAUGAAAGUAAUUUGUUUGAACAUUUAGCAACAAUCCAUAUGAGAUCUAAUCUUUUACAUUAUCAUCUCUGUUCCUUCUAAUUUCUAUGUUCUUUUCAAAACAUCUUUCAGAAAUUAAUUUACCCAUCAAAUAAAACCUAGCAAAAUGAAGAAUUAUUAGCCCAGUUCACUUAAAAAACAAAACAAAAAGAAACUUUAAUUUUCUGUUAAUAUAAAAGAAACUUAGUUUACUGACAAUGAAACAGACUAUGUACUAACAUCCAGGGUGAAGUAAAAUAAUUUUUUAAGAAAUUGAUCAUUAAAAUACAGGAGCUAAUAUAGAAAAGCAAAACAUUAGCACUUUGCAGAUCUUGAGUUUAAUUAAUUAUAACCAGGCUCUGAUUUCCUUUCACUGUUAUAUGAAUUCUAGUCUUUUCCAUGUAUCCUUUGUACCUAAGAAUAUGAAGUAACCUCCCCUUUAGGUUUUAGAAUGACUUCAAAUUUUCUAGUUGAUAAAAUCCUGAUCCUAAAUACCAAGUUACGUGAGUUCAUCUCUUUAUUCUUUUCAAAUGCAGGUUAUUUGUUUGAAAGAGUAUACCAGCAGUACCAAUGGAGAAAAAUCAGUGUGUUAUUUCUUAGGACUAGGUCAGAGCUGCUAUCUUUCCCUUUCUUUUUUUUAAUGACAAAAAUCACAGAUGGGUACAUGAAGGCCCUUAAGAUCUUUAGUUUUCAUUUGAUGUCCUUCAUAAAAUUGAAGUUUUUCAUUCUUUUUAAUUCUUCUCUAUUUCCUUUUGCCUAACAUUCGAGUUUGGUGUUUUAAAUUAUCUAGUUCCAUGACAUCAUUGUUUGCUAUUAUGUUACAGAAAGAGAACGAACCUCCCCCGUGGCUCAGCUCACGCAGCAUUCGUUUUUCAUUACGUUUGAAUGAAUUGUCAUCGCUGAUGUUACAGCAUUUUCAUCUGCACUAGUUUAAAGCAUUCCCUCAUCUCCAGUUCUCUUUUCUUUGUUUACACAUUUUGGGCACUUUCCCUCAUUCACCACCUUCCAGGGUUUUGUAGAAAAUAACUUGAUACAAAAUCAAUUCAGUUCUAAUGUGUAUAUAGUGGCAUGUUGAAAAUUAGACCCACAUAGGGGAAAUUAAGCUUUUUUUUUUUUUUUUAACUGUAUUUAAAGUCUUAAGGAAAUUAAGCUUUAAACGGCUGAUUCUAAACUCCAUACAUAAAAAAUUUAGCCCGGCCCCCUCAAAGCCGGAGAAAAUUUAAUUUGCUUCAAUCUGAUGUCCACAACUCUCUCUCCAAAAAUGUGUUGGAAGACUACAGGUGGGUCAUAUGUGGGGGUUGUCUCAGCGACGCUCAGGAUUCCAGUGAGAGCCUAAUCCUCAUAUCUAUUGCCUACAAAAACAGACCACGAAUGUUGCUGCUCUUUUAUAAUCCUUCUUUAAAUAUUUAACACUCAAGGUUUUUUUGUCUUAAAUUCUCACAGAAUUGUGUUGAGAUACACCCACUGACACAUCACGCACCACCCAGUGGCUUCAUUCUGUCUUAGCCGGAGAGGCAAGAAAGGGAUCCCACCCUCUCCCAUGCCCACCUCGAGAAAAAAGUAAAUACUUAAAAAAACAAAGACAUCUACCUCAGUUGACAGGAUUCCACCUUUAGGGUUUCUUCAACUUUUAAGUCUUACCUGUUGAGUGUAACUUUUGUAGCAUCUUGCAUUUUGAAGCCAGCUAGUGAGGCAUGACAGAGCAGCAGUGUGUCGAUGUUACUGUGAUGGACCUCUUUCUAGCAUGUUGCAGUUUUAUUUUUAAUAAAUUGAUAAGUGAUAUGAAUGUAAAGAUAAUUGUGUAUGUUUGAAACAUGACAAUGAAAAUUUUAAAUGUAGCUUCCAUACUUGUGCAUAAUUCCAAAGUAUUUUAUUUUUAUCAGUGUUAAAUAGCUUUUUGUACAGGCUUCAAUCCAUUUUUCUGAAGUGUGCUGUUUUUUAAUGAAAGUAACUAUAAUCUUUUCACAUCCCAUGGAACUGCCGUUUACACAUUGCAACUUUUUAAACUUACCAUAUUUUUCAAAAUUAACUUUUUUGGAGGGAGUAAAAUCCCCACUUGCUAGAUAAUACUAAACCAUUGUUUGGGCUCUUAUAAUUAGGUCCUGAGAUUUUAUAAAAAUGUAGUCUGUAGCUUUUUAGGUUCUUCACUAGAGUUGGUUGUACAUAAAAAUAAAGAAUAUAAAAUGACCCCAGAAGUCCUUUAAAUGUCUGGAUUUUUCCACUAAUAUGUACUUUUGAGAGUAUUUUGUUCAUGUAUACUUUCACCAUUAAAUUGAAAAAGUCUUUAGCUUCUCUUGGUAAGUGUGAGCCAUUUGUUUUUUACUUUGUUUGUACUUUGGGGGAGAGGAUAUUUUAAUAUAAUUUUUGCCUAAAUCAAGCAGCCCCCUCUGAAUGUUAAUUUUUAAAUAUCAAAAUUUGGUGAACCAUAUAUCUUGGAAAUGAGCUUGCAAUAUGCUUAAAUUUAAGUGUUUUAAAAAGGAGAAAAUUCUGGGAUUUAUUAUUAUUGA